UAUGAUCUGUGCCACACUGCGUGCUGUAGUCGUCUGCAGCAAGUGUGAGUUGCAGUCGGCAUUUUUGUCUCUGUAAGAAUUGAGUUUUUGUGGUUGUAGUGUGUGUUGUAAAGUAAGUUAUAUUCACAAUUUCAUUAUGUCACGUUACCACAAGCAAGAUAAUAAACUACUAGAAGACUUGGCUGAAAUGGCUAAUAGACUGAGGAUUCAUUCCAUCAAUUCAACUAAUGCCUCUAAAUCUGGGCAUCCAACAUCAUGCUCUUCCAUGGCAGAGAUAAUGUCUGUCCUGUUCUUCCACACCAUGCGCUACAAAGUGUCUCAACCGAAGCAUGUGGCCAACGAUAGGUUCAUACUGUCGAAGGGUCAUGCAGCACCAAUCUUAUAUGCUGCUUGGGCGGAGGCCGGGCUGUUCCCGGUCAAGGACCUGGAGAACCUGCGGAAGAUAGACAGCGAUCUGGAGGGGCACCCCACGCCCCGCCUCAGCUUCAUCGAUGUCGGCACGGGCUCCCUGGGACAGGGCCUGUCCAUCGCUGCCGGCAUGGCCUAUGUCGGCAAGUACUACGACAAGUCUGACUACAGGGUGUACUGCCUGGUCGGAGACGGGGAGAGCGCGGAGGGCUCCAUCUGGGAGGCCCUCCACUUUGCAAGCUUCUACCGCCUGGACAACCUGUGCGUGGUGUUCGACAUUAACCGGCUGGGCCAGUCGCAGCCCACGGCCCUGCAGCACGACAUCGCCACCUACGAGAAGAGGGUCGACGCCUUCGGCUUCCACGCCAUCACCGCUGACGGACACGACAUCCCCGAGCUCAUCAAGGCGUUCCACGACGCCUCGCAAGUGAAGGGCAAGCCCACCGCCAUCCUCGCCAAGACGUACAAGGGCAAGAACUUCCCGGGCGUGGAGGACAAGGAGAACUGGCACGGCAAGCCGCUGGGUGCCAACUCGUCCAGCACGCUCGAGUACCUGCGAACGCUGGCCAAGAAGGAGCGGAAGGAUCUGAACCUGUCCAUCAGCGAGCCGGCGGGCAGCGUCCCGACGGUGAACAUCGCCAACAUCAAGCUGUCGUCUCCCCCGGAGUACAAGCCCGACGACUCGGUGGCCACGCGGCUGGCCUACGGCACGGCGCUCGCCAAGCUGGCCCGCUCCAACGCCCGCGUCAUCGCCCUGGACGGCGACACCAAGAACUCCACCUUCGCCGACAAGAUCAAGCAGGUGUCUGCCGACAACUACAUUGAGUGCUUCAUCGCGGAGCAGAAUCUUGUUGGUGUCGCGAUGGGGGCCGCCUGCCGCGACCGAACAGUAGCGUUCGUGUCCACGUUUGCUGCGUUUUUCACACGAGCUUUUGACCAGAUCAGAAUGGGUGCAAUAUCGCAGACAAACGUAAACUUUGUGGGCUCCCACUGUGGCAUCAGCAUAGGUGAAGAUGGCCCCAGUCAGAUGGGGCUAGAAGACAUCGCCCUGUUUCGUACAGUUCCAGGGGCAACCGUGUUCUACCCGAGCGACGCUGUGAGCUGCGAGCGGGCUGUGGAGCUGGCAGCCAACACCAAGGGAAUCUGCUACAUCCGCACCUCCCGACCGAACACCUCCAUACUCUACAAGAACUCCGAAGUGUUUGAGGUGGGCAAGGCGAAGGUGGUGAAGCACUCGGCGGACGACAAGGUGCUGAUAGUUGGGGGCGGCGUGACGCUGCACGAGGCGGUGUCGGCCAGCAAGCUGCUGGCGGCCAAGGGCGUCCACGCUCGGGUGCUGGACCCCUUCACGAUCAAGCCCCUGGACGCCGCGGGCAUCAUCAGGAACGCCAAGGAGGCUGGUCACAAGAUAGUCACCGUUGAGGACCACUAUCCUGAAGGUGGCCUGGGCGAAGCGGUGCUGUCUGCCGUGGCCUCGGAGAAGAACAUCGUCGUGAAGAAGCUGGCGGUGAAGGAGAUAGCCCGCUCAGGGCCGCCCGCUGCGCUGCUCGACAUGUUUGGCAUCAGUGCCUCGGCCAUCGUGAAGGCAGUGGAAGAACUGCUGCGUUGACGCUCCCAUUCCGUGUACCUAGUUGUUUUGUUGUGUUUGUUUCAAAUAUUUUAAACUUUGGUAGUUUCUAAAAUGUUUAAAUUAAGAAAAGAACAUGGGAUGGUUAAAGAGUAAAUUUUUUUUUUCCUAAGGGUGUUGGGGGUAGAGUUUUACAUUGUGAAUUACGUUGUGCAGAAAAUGUGGUACUUGUAGUGCAGUGGAAUUUCCAGUUUUAGCAUCUUCCAGUUAAGCCAGCUGGUAAUUUUUAAGAGGAAGGUGUGAUGAAAAAAUGGUGUUAAAUAUUUUAAGCACAAUUUUCUUUUUUUGUUUUCAAUUGCUUUCUGGGUGGAAUCAACAGUGCCAAAAAUUUAUAUUUUUGGGCAAUUGAUAGUUACACGUUUGGGUUUGUGAUCUAUGCCUUGUUGCUAUCUUAUGCAUACUUGAAAAUGUAUGAGAAAUCCAGCAGCAGUGUGUUUUUAGAUUGUCAAAUACAGUACACUAAAUUCCUGAUAAAAAAUGUCUCUAGGUACAGUAGUGUCUCGCUUUAUCUGUCAUAAAUGGGCCGCAAGACAUUUUAUGAGCGGAAAUGUUGGGGUAACGAGGUCUUAAGAAAAAUAUAUCAUGGGUUAAACUAUGUGCUAAUUUUAUGUAUUACCAAUAUAAUUACCAUUUUUUUUGCAACAUGGUACAGAAAAUUAACUAUAAAAAGGACCUUACAGUUACAGAAUUGUCGGAAGUCAAAUCGCAUCCUUACAAAUUUCAAUCCUGUGAUAAUUUAGAGAAAUUUUUGAUCGUAGUUCCAUUCCUGGGAUGUCAGAUAAAUGAGACUCUACUGUACCUAGAAAUGUAGACUUACUGAUAAGGAAAACUUAAUUAAAAAAAUUAAAUGUAAUGUGUUAAUAGGUCAGUUUUUUUUUUACGUUAUUGUGCAGGGAAUUUUCUUACAAGAGAUUUACUGUACAAACGCACAGCCAUGUACCUAUAUGUGCUGGAACAAAUUUUUUAAAUUGUGGGGGGGAGGAAAUUGACUUCCUCAAUUUUGUGUGUGGAAAAGGGGGAGGAAUUGCUGUCUAAACUAUUCAGGGGAGUAGACUAGGUAGCUUGGGUUACAAUAGUGGUAUCUUGACAUGUACUGUACUAAGACAAGUUAACAUUUUUCUUUACAUGUAAAAUGUAUUGUUUAUUCUGUUAUGUAUCAUCACAUUUUGGUCAAGAUUUUUUUUAAGUGUAUGUUGAUUCAGGAUUUGUUUUAAUUUAUACAAUCGACUUUACAUUGCCAUAUUUGAUAGAAUUUUUAUAUUAAAGUGUGGAGGUCAGUUUUAUUAUUCCGAGGAAUAAUUCUGUGGUAAGUGUGAGACAUUUUUUCACUGCUGUACACACAAAUGUAGCGCACAGCAAUUUUUUGCUCAAAUAUACUUUGACUGAAAAGAUCUUGCAUUUUUAAAUCUGUGUAUGCCAUUAAAUGGGAAAUAAAAUUAUUUUUGCAAUACCUUAAAA